AAAAUUGUACAACUAAACAUACCACUACCAUUUGAUACUGGUAGUUGUAAAGGUGAUAUUAGUAGUGGUAUAUGGAUAAUGAUCAUAUUAAACGCAAUGAUUAUUAUGUUAAAGUAUGAUAGAGAUAAUCGUAACAAGUGCAACAUAAUCAAUGAGGCAUUUUAGAACUCACUCAAGUUAAACUCGUUAUGUUUAAGCUUUUUCAUAUUCACCAAUGUAACUGUUUUUUGAAUAAAGUUCAGUCGGAUUGAUCAUUUUUACUGCUGGUACUGAAUUUAUUAUUAUGUUUUCAAUUUGUAGCCUCAAGGGUAUGAUACUCGUGAAACGCUGGUGGAUCUACCGACAAAUUAUCAACAGGAUGCCAUGAAAGAGAAAAUUCCUGCAGGAGAUAAACAACACCUGAGGAGACUACUUUGUCUCAGCAAUAGUUUUCUUCUUCCCAUCAGUCGGAUAGACCAUUUAGAUUCCCGCAGUCCAGUCGUUGACAUUAUCUCACCAAGAUCGCCCUUUGGAAAUUUGAAGGAAUUUAUCCUUAGCAGAAGAUGCCCGAUGGAAAACAUCAUUACAUUCCUCUGCCAGGUUGCCACUGCUCUACAUUAUCUUCACGUGAAUCAUAUCGUGCACGGAGAUCUUCGGCCUGAACACGUUUAUGUGGUGGCUCCGAACAAGAUCCAGGUUGGUCGCCUUGGUCGCUCUAAAUCUCUAACAAUGAGUGCCUAUGAAGCCACCAGCACUUCAUGUGUCGUAGCGGCUGUCAUGCCGUCUGAUUCCACUCGUUGGAGCGCACCAGAGGUGAUCCAGGAGAACCACUAUUCUCACGCUAGUGAUGUGUGGGCGUUUGGAAUCUUAGCAUGGGAAUUGUACUCUGCGUUCGCAGCUGGACAACAGAAUAGAAUUACUGCGAUGCCCUACUGCAAUAUUCCUGCAGAUAAAAUUCUAGAUCAUAUGAAAGAAAAUGGACCUCUUGACCAACCAAGCGGCUGUCCUGACUGGGUUUUCAUUAUGAUGCAUCAGUGCUGGACAUAUGAACCGAUGCAGAGACCUCCUUUCAUUGCAAUUAUCGAUUGUCUCUCAAGAAGGGAACCGAUGUUGUCAUGGAUAAUGCAACUGUGGCUGAACACACAUGAGAAAAGUGAAUGGCCGGUUUUACCAGUUUCCCAGCCUGACGAUGCUAUUCACGUGACAAACAUUGAGGAACACCCAUCCGGAGAAGAUAUUGAAAAAAUGUGCUCUCGAGGAUUUUUUAACCCUCACAAAUACCUUUAUGUCGAUAGCGUUCGCCAAAACGAGACCGACACCGCUGAGGUAUACGAAUAUGCCUACUCGAGCUUUCAGUUGCCACCACCACUGUGUUACCCUGCAUUUCACCAAUCAACUCCAAGAAAUUUCUCAGAUGGAGUGUUAAACGUUGCUGACCAGCAUGAAACGAACCAAACGGAUAGUGCGACAGAGAUGGUGGUCGAAGAACCCACAUAUUGGAUAAUUAAGAACGACGAAGAUACGACUGAUUGUCUCUCUUCGCACGUUCCAAAAUCCCAUUCUGUUGCCGGCGAGGACCAACGUCUCCAAAAUCAUAAAGAUUGCGUCGCCGGCGCUUAUUCGUUCAAUGGUGAUUUUAGCAAUGAGACAAAUCUGAACGAACAACCCUCUCAUGAAGCGACAGGUGGGGCAAGGGGCCGCUCGACUUGUGUUGAACGUGCUAAGUAUGACUCUGAGAGGGAACAGAAAUUGUAUGAAAACGCAUGCUGCAGAGACCUUGCCUUAUCCAGGAAGUAUUAUAUGCCGAUGAGAAAUAAGGCGAAGAAACCAAAAACACCAGGUUAUAUCAACGUGCUAACCGAGGAAACCGGUGCACAGCUGUCCCAGACAGGAUGCAGCAACAAAGAUACUCUCGUAAAUCCCUACAUGUGUGUGGACCUUCUUGGUCAAGUUCUUCGGCAAAGAUCAGAAGAUAUUGUUACCACACAAUCCUUAAGUUGUAACGAACAUGGCGUGGAGCACCAGCCAAGCUUCGAAUUAUAUGAAGACAUGGCCAUUCCACGUAUAUUAAUGGGUGCAGAGAGUCUUUACCGAAGAGAGAUGCAUAGAAGAAAAUAUGAAGAAACGAUCCAGGAGAGCUUGUAUGAAAACCAGGGUUCACCACUCGAGCAAGUAUGCUUUCAAGAACAUUUAAAUCUGUAUGCAAACGUUUUCACAAAUUUAAGCUUUGGAAGUUCUAUUAAUACAGCUAUGAAAUCCAUCGGGUCAAGGUUGGUGGGCUGCGACAAGGAAACUACCUCAUGACCUUUUAUCUUUCGUAAUAAAUUCAGCGAGUAUUUUUAACUUAGUUUUCUUAGAAGUAACGUUGUUCAGGUUGCUGAUUUUCGUAAGGUGUAACAUGAUUCUUUACCAAUUACAGCAAAAACAUGUUCUAAGAAAAAGUUGUGAGAAAACUAUAUAUCCCCAAAGCAAUGACAAAGAUAAUUACAUAGUAACUAAAGCCCACACCACAAUGACUUCUAAGAAAAAGGAUUGGACAUCCGAGUUGUCUAGCCAGCCCCUAACUGCUUGAAUGCUGUUUGACGUUCGAGCAGCUGCUGGAUAAUGCCUCCUCCAGAUCUCUUUGAAAAUAACAGCGAUAAUGAUAAGUUAAGUCUAGUAUGGACCAUAUUAAAAGAUAAUAUUUGAAUUCGCUCUUCUUUGGAGUAAAGCCUUUUAAGGACCAGUCAUUUUCAUCACCUGUACGGGGGGAGGGGGGGGUGUGCCACAGUUUUUAAGGGCAAUGGAGAUGGGAUCAGCCCUCGCCAAGAGAGUACAAAGGAGGGGGGGACGGUAGAAAAGUGGCUGCUCACUAACUGCGAAGGAGAGGGGGGAUCAUAUCAUAAAUAUAUCGCACAGAGCCUUAGGGGAGGAUCGACUAAUUUCUAUCCUGACACAACCAAAAUCCUCCCUCUCCCCCCUCCCCCACCGACGAAGAAUGAUGACCGGAGUUUCAAUGGCUAUCGGAAGUAACCUGCAAGAGCUAAAUAUCUGUCUAUUCUUAAAUAUCAACAGGAGAAAAUGAAAGACAGUUUAAAUUGAAUUGAAAUGUAGGGAAGCCUUUAGUAGUUAGAAGGAUGGUUGUCACAUAAAUUAUAUUGAGAGCCGGUGCUCGUCCUUACAAACAAAGAUGGGCAUCUUUAAGACUGAUAUCGACUAGUCUCGUAGCUAAGCCCGUGGAUGUAACCUGACAGUUAGCUUUUUAUCACGUGUAUACACACCACAAAUUUGUACUAUUAACGGUCCUCUAGUGUUUGAUGUCUAAGCUCAUUCAAGGGUUAAGAUAUUAAAAUCAAAUUAGCCCGGCAUGUUUUCUCCAAAUCUUUUUUCUUGCACGCUGAUACUGGACCCAACUAUGACAUAACUAUACCAUUACAAAGCCGAUCCUGCAAUGAAACGUAAGUGAAAUCCAUGCAUCGCACGACCUACAAUAAUAACGAAUAACUCAACGUCUUGACCUAGUUAAACCAUAAUGGCCUGAAUUGACAAGUAGCCUCAGAGAAUGUCACUCAUUGAAAAUCGAGUUUGCUCAUAUACCUGGUACAUGAUGGUAGGCGCCCCACCUUUAAAAUAUCCCCCAAAAUGUUUUGUUCACAUAAUAGGAUGAAUGUUUUCUGACAUUUUUGACCAGAAAGAACGCAAAUCAAUCCUUCCAUAACGAACGGUUAUUUCACAUAGUUUAUCUAUCUGUCAUAGUUCUAUUUACAGAGGCAUACGUCAGGGAUUUUACCCUGCAUGGAAAGUAUUUAAAAGUUUAACAACCCCAUGAACGCAGAGGAGUUGAUCCCGGACACCGUCGUCUAGAUUUCAAUGUUUACACCAAAGAACAUAUCUUCGGAAGACGGACUGACGAUGGAGUGAACCGAAAUGUCUCUUUAACUCGAAUUUUGCCUGAAGUGGACUCCGUGUGACGUAUAUCGCAUUGAUCUCGCUGAACGCUCUGCCAGAGAAGCAUUCCGAUGGUUCUUAAUGAGAUCUUGGAAAUACUUAUGCAAUGGCUCCACAAAAGAGCAGUGUACCCAUUACUCUCCAACCGCCGAUUCACUGAUUCUAGUUUUUCUAGUAGCGUAUCAUUUCCCGUUUGCAAACCAACAAUCAUCAUAUUGGCUCGCUGUUGUCACCCAUAAUGAGCAGCUUAAUGGGCAUGCAAAGCUUCAACUCAGACCCUUGAUGUUAGGCUAAUAGCCAAUAUGACAUUAGGUAAUCUUAGCGAAGGCGAAGGAUGAGAAAGUUACUCAUUACUUCUCACAGUAGCACCUCGUAGUUAAUCCAUAGCUAAUCACCAGUUCCCACAGAUAGCAAACCAAUUUGCAUUCAAAACUGUCCCUCUGCAAAGUUUAUUUUGAAACACGAUGACGCGAAACAUUGUCCCUAUUAAGCUGCAACAAGAGACGUAUACUUGGAUUCUGUGUAUGCUAGAUCUGAUUGAGUUUCAAGUUAAGUUAAGUUAUGGUGGAGAUUACCAUCCGUGGUCUCUUACGUCUACCUCGUGUAGCUGUUGACUCUAUUUCCUUUUGGUAAUAAAUAUUGGUUGGAGCAGCUCGCACGGUUGCAUUAAUAUUCAAA